AUGACCACAACAGGAUCGUAUCAUAGCAAGAAGAGCACCUACAAGUACACAGCCGACUUUAGCUCCCCAUUCCCUCCAAAGAUCAAGCAAUACAUGGAUGAGCUUCGUCAAUACACGAUUGACAACGUUGCCUGGUCUAUCAUGAUGGUCAGCGAAACACAAGCCAAGCUGUUGAAUCAAUUCGUUGGUUUGGUCAAUGCAAAGCGCGUCCUUGAAAUAGGCACAUUCACAGGAUACUCAGCUAUGGCUCAGGCAGCAGCGUUGCCAUCGGAUGGUAAAUUGAUCGCUUUGGAUGUGGAUAAAGACACAAUGGAUAUUGCACGUCGUUUCCUCGAUAAGGCACAGCUCUUGGAUAAGGUAGACCUUAUACUUGGUCCUGCUGCAGAGAGCAUUAAAAACCUCAUCAAAGAGGAUCCCAAGCAAAAGUUUGAUUUCAUUUUUAUGGAUGCCGACAAGAGCGCUUAUAUCACUUAUUACAAUCUCAUUAUGGACAACGAUCUCCUUUCGGAUCACGGUGCAAUCAUUUGCGAUAAUGUCUUGCGUCAAGGCAAAGUGAUCCGUGCUGCAGGCUAUGAAGAAGGAACCAUCCCAGAGUCCGAUCCCGAUCAUAAGGAUGCCAUGGCUGUGCACGUGUUUAAUGAACAUGUGUCAAAAGACACUAGGGUUCAAGCGGUCAUUUUGCCUUUUGGUGAUGGUAUGACCAUUAUACGCAAGGCUUAA